AUGGUUAGGGAUACGGCACAACAUGCCUCUGUGGUCAAGAACAGACUCUCCAAGAGUGCAGUAAAGGAGCAGGAGGCAGCUGUUAAACGUAGUAAGCGUAGUAAAUUUACACCUGCUUCAGCUCACAGCAAAGGUAACCCCAUUCACCGACCUCUUAAGUAUCAUGAGAAGAAACUACUUCGAAAACAUGACUUUAUGCAGUAUCCACAAGAUAACUGGCAUGAACCUUUUUGUAUCACAAAAUACCAUUUGGAAGAUCGUGAAGAUUAUCGCCGGUACAUGCGUUUAGUGGGCCUCAUCCGACAACUCCUGGCACAUCUUCGUUAUUUACCAUCCGAUAGUAAAGUGAGAAUAGAGGUGACACAACAACUGUUAGACAAACUAUUUUCUAUGGGCUUAAUAAACGAGAAACUUGGUUUGUCUGAAGUAGACAAGGUUGGUGUAGAGGUCUUCUGCAAGCGACGGUUACCCACUGUUCUACGGGAUUUAAGUAUGGCUCCAAAUUGUAAACUCGCCGCAGACUUGGUUCACCACGGACACGUGCGAGUUGGGACGACACAAGUUCGGGAUCCUGCCUUCCUUGUUCCGAAGGGCCUGGAAGAUCUCAUUACAUGGAUGCCGGGAUCAAAGAUUAAGCAGCAUGUGGAUUCGUUUAACGUUCAACGCGAUGACUAUGAGUAA